AUGGCGUCUUCCCGACUGUGGAUGCCUCUGGCGAGGUCGGCCUAUCGCCCAGCUUUGCGGAGAGCUCAGUUUUCCUCUCGUAUAUUCCAGGGCCAGUAUAGGAGAUUCUCAAAUUGGCCGAGGGAUCGGGAAUCGGAGAAGUACACGAUUUGGAGGCCCUAUUUGCGCCUUGCAAUUGGUAUUCCGUUCAUUGGAGCUCUGAUAUAUUCGAUGUUGACUGGUGAUGUCACGGAAACGGAGUCGCCGUCCAUUGCCGAAAUUGAUGAGACCCUUAAACGCCAGUCGAAGAUCGAUGAGUCCUCCCCGAUGCGCUUGCGGAUGGAGAAGUUGAUUAAGGAGCACCAAAAGAAGAUCACGGAGGAGCUGAGCAGAAUUGACGGCAAAUCUUUCCGGACUGAUACCUGGACUCGUCCCAAUGGUGGCGGGGGGAUAUCAUGCGUACUUCAGGACGGAAAUGUCUUCGAGAAGGCCGGAGUCAAUGUUUCGGUCGUGUACGGGGAGUUGCCUCGUUCUGCCAUUGAGAAGAUGCGCGCAGAUCAUAAGUCAUUUGUCUCUGCGGACGUGCAGUCUCUGAGCUUCUUCGCUGCCGGUCUCUCUCUCGUUCUGCAUCCUCAUAACCCUAUGGCCCCAACGGUGCAUUUGAAUUAUCGGUAUUUUGAGACAUCGGACCCGAAAGAUCCGAUCCAUGGAGAGAAGAAUUGGUGGUUUGGAGGCGGCACUGAUUUGACACCGUCUUACCUCUUCCCGGAAGACUGCAAGCACUUCCACCAAACCAUCAAGGAUGCCUGCGACAGGCAUGAUGCGACGUACUACCCCAAGUUCAAGGCGUGGUGCGACAAAUACUUUUACAUCCCUCACCGCCGCGAAGCGCGUGGGGUUGGUGGCAUCUUUUUCGACGAUCUCGAUGCUGAGUUCUUACGGAGCUCCUCAUCAUCAUCGCAGAACCCGCAAGAGACUCUCUUUGCCUUCGUCAGUGAUUGUCUAGAGUCCUUCCUGCCCUCUUACGUACCUAUUAUCGAGCGCCGGAAGGACAUGCCCUUCACUCCGGCCCAGAAGGAGUGGCAGCAGCUCCGACGAGGUCGCUAUGUCGAGUUCAAUCUACUCUAUGACCGUGGCACAAGCUUCGGUCUGCGGACGCCUAAUGCUCGUGUGGAAAGCAUCCUGAUGAGCCUCCCUCGCACAGCAAGCUGGGCCUAUAUGGACCCCAUUUCGGGAACCAAGACAGAGGCUGGGGAUGUCGAAGAGGAACAACUAGAUGGUGAAGAUAAGUCGAUGGAACGAGAAAUGUUGGACGUGCUGAAGCACCCCCGACAAUGGGUCUGA